AGCUGAUUGGAGCCGGGAGCAGCCAGAACCUCUAGGAUCGCUGCUGCCGCUUGGGUCCCGAGGGCCGUUCUGGGAUAAGCAGAGGCUGUGUCCAGACACCGGGAAUUCACUGACACCUGUUCCUGGAAGCUGGGCCUGGGCGCCUACCCCAGGAGCAGCCCCUCGGGAUCUCCAGCCUCGACCCCGCGGAGCCAUCCCGGGCCUAGGCUAGGGUCCAGGCAGAGUAACACUGCCUUUCACUGAGACCUGAAAAAUGGCCUCGGGGCAAGGACCAGGCCCUCCCAGGCAGGGGUGUGAAGAGCCUGCCCUGUCCCCCACUUCAGAGGAGCAGGUAGCCCGGGACACAGAGGAGGUUUUCCACAGCUACGUUUUUUACCGCCAUCAGCAGGAGCAGGAGGCUGAUGGGGCAGCUGCCCCUGCUGACCCAGAGAUGGUCAACUUGCCCCUGGAACCUGCCAGCAUCAUGGGGCAGGUGGGUCGGCAGCUUGCCCUUAUCGGAGACGCCAUCAACCAGCGCUAUGAUGAGGAGUUCCAGACCAUGUUGCAGCGCCUACAGCCAACUGCAGAGAACGCCUAUGAGUAUUUCACCAAGAUCGCCUCCAGCCUGUUUGAGAGUGGCAUCAACUGGGGCCGAGUGGUGGCUCUCUUGGGCUUUGGCUACCGGCUGGCCCUAUAUGUCUACCAGCGCGGACUGACCAGCUUCUUGGGCCAGGUGACCCGCUUCGUGGUCGACUUCAUGCUGCAUCACUGCAUUGCCCGGUGGAUUGCACAAAGGGGAGGCUGGGUGGCAGCCCUGGACUUGGGCAAUGGCCCUAUCCGGAACGUGCUGAUCAUUCUGGCUGUGGUUCUGUUGGGCCAGUUUGUGGUACGAAGAUUCUUCAAGUCAUGACCCCAGGAGGGGCUCUUGGGGGUGCCAGCCGAGGACGCUACCUGGACUUCAACCAAGCCUUUUUCUUUUACUGCCUCCUCUGCAGGGGUCUCCCCCUCAAGAGCACAGAAACUUUAGCAAGUGGGCACUCCAGCUUUGAAGUGCCCCUGCUCGGAGGUCAGUCAGGCCUCAGGGGCACCCCAACAUUUCAUGGUGCUAAUGGGCCCCAUCUCUGGGCUCAGCUCUGUCUGCUGGGCUUUGGGGAAGUUGAUAAUUUGGGGAAGCAAGAAGCUGGGAGGCACUUUUCCCUAAUAAGUUCUUAAUGGUUUUAGCUUUUUAUAAUACCCUUAGGAGGACAUCUUCCCCCACCUCAUUCCUAUUACUCUGCCCCAAGCCAGGACAUCUGGGGUGUUGGGGGUUAGUAGGCCUACCCUGUGUUCCCCAGGAUUCAGCUGUUCUGGAAGGUGAGAGCUUUAGAGCUGGGCAUAGGGCCCAGUCCUGGCCCUUCCAAAGUAUCAUGUCCCUCAGGAACAGGACUGGUUGGGGUUGGAGGGGAAGGACCUGCUCAACUGCCCCUUCAUCCCAUAUUGCCUUGGCAGUUGGACUCUCAGGGAUUCGGGGUCUGGGGUGUGGAGUGAGGGUGCAGGCUGGAGCAGUCUGAAUUUAACCGUCCGGUCCCUCCAGACCUGCCUCCUGAGGUCCUUGGCUUUCUGCCUUCUCAUCAUUUGCUCCCGAUGCCUUCAUUACUGGCGGAGCCGGCCCGUCCCAUCACUCCACAUGGGGAGGGCAGAGGCCUUGGCAGAAUGGAGUGCUGAGGACUCCUCCUUGCACAGACUCUAGGGUUUAGGACUGUGGUUUGUUAUUGUCAGGGAAAGGGGCUAGGGAGGUCACCUGGAGGUUUCUAAGUGAGAGAAGGGCUAUUAACAUCACUAGGAACCCCAAAGUUGGAAUCCUCCCACAUGGGCUAGGCACAGUGUAAUCUGGGGGUGUGGAGGGGGAACUGUGAAUACUUGACUUCUACCCCCAAGCCCCUGUCCCCUACACCCAUGGUCUAAGCCUCUCCCAUGGGUGGGGGUGAGAGUACUUUGUCUACCUUGCACAGCCCAGGGAUUUAGGAAGAGAAGUUGUUGAUAAACCAAAUGCAGGGAGCCCACAGGCCACCCCCACCCUCUGAGAGUGUCUGAAAAUAAACUGCCAUC